AUGACGUUACUAAUCAGCGGCCAAGCUAAUAGUAGAGGUCAGAUGCUCUGCACGCCCACCACCUUCUCCCAGCCAUCCCCACACCAUGCUGCGUCCAGGAGGGCACUCUUGUGGGACGUGAGGAGCGACUGCAGUACUCCAAGGGCAACCAACACGGGCUCCAGCAGCGGCUGCAGCUCACCUUCAGCAUCGAGCCGCUCCGGAAGUUCCAGCACCUCCCGCAGCUCCGGCAGCUCCUCCGGCUCUCCGAGCCCUUCUCGGCGCAGGCAUGACAAGAGGCGGCGUUCCCGCUCCAAAUCCAAACCACCCCGAAGAGAUGAAAAGGAAAGGAAAAGGCGGAGCCCUUCCCCUAAACCCACCAAAGUGCACGUUGGAAGGCUCACCAGGAACGUGACCGAGGAUCAUAUGGAGAUAUUCUCCACCUAUGGGAAAAUUAAAACGAUCGACGUGCCUGUAGAAAGGAUGCACCCCCAUCUGUCUACAGGCUACGCAUAUGUGGAGUUUGAGAAUCCAGAUGAGGCCGAGAAGGCGCUGAAGCACGAGGACGGAGGACACAUCGAUGGCCAGGAGAUCACUGCCACCGCUGUGCUGGCCCCCUGGCCUCGGCCACCCCCCAGGCGAUUCAGCCCUCCCAGGAGAGUGCCGCCACCGCCUCCCACGUGGCGCAGGUCACCCCCACAGAUGAGGAGAAGGUCGCGUUCCCCUCGGCGCAGGUCCCCCGUGCGCCGGCGAUCCCACUCUCCUGGCCACCAUCGCCACAGGAGCCGCUCCAGCUCCAGCUCCUCCCGAUAA